AUGGCUACUUUGACUAUGGCACCCACUGUGCGUCGGCCUUUUGCCAGCUUGGAUGCUGCGCGUCUCCGCGCCUUGCAGAAAGCAAAGGAAAAUUUCAUGAAUCAGCAAAAUGGUGCUGCUGCGAUGUCUCAAAAGCGUUCUAUUCCCUCUGACUCCGACUCGGAAAACGUGGAUCCCACCACUCUCAAACAGAGUACAAAGCGGAAGCGUUCUUUUGAGGACGAUGAGGAUCUCUCCAAAGAGCCUCUUAAAACUCCCAAGACAAACCGUGUCGCAUUGGCCCCGUCUGACUCCAAGGUCGCCGCCCAUGGCACCUCAACUCCCCGGGCCAGCCGUACUUCCACUGCCCCGGUUACUCGCAUUUGCAAGCCUGCCGGUCGUUCUCCUCCACCCAAGCCAUGCAGAGGCUUUGGUCGCCGUUCUACCGGUGCUGUUACCCGGCCUGAGAUUGCCAGCAAGCGUGCCGUCCAUCGUGCGCCAUUCUCUAUCGCAACCGCCCUAGCGACUGAGAAGCCUAAGCGACACUCCCCUGCUAAGCCGGCCUCGUGGUUUUUUGACAUCUACGUCGACACCGUGCAGGAUGAGAUGACCAAUUCGAUGCAACACUCUGCCUGUUUCCUCGACAUCAGCAACGACGAAGGCAAAACCAAGACGGACAGCCGUGGAAAAGAGAAUAUCCCACCACACGAGCUUGGCAUCACCAUGCCCACCACGGGCCAGCAGACCACUACUGAGCCUACGACCAGAAAGAACCUGAUGACCGAUGAGCCUCGCACUCCUUUGGGAGAACUGAAGGCGUCAGAUUACUAUGGCGCCGGUUGCCAUGCCCUCUCCUUCGUCGUCGUUGAGGACGAUGAACCGGAGACUCUGAAUGAGAAGCCGGCUUUUGCUCCGAACUUGGACUUCACCAAUUCCACCUCGUCUUCUCAGUCAAAAUCUCAGCCUCUCUGCGCGCCUGCCAUCGCGUCUCUGGAGGUUAGUGCCCCUGUUGAGGCUAGCCAGACUGCUCCUGAGAAGACGAGGGCCACCGAGCCUUCUGACGCUGAAGUCGAGAUCUGGGAGAGCGGUAGCGCUGCCGAGGAGGCGGCCCAAGCCGCUGCUGAAGGUGUCAAGACUACCAACCUCUUCGCCUCUGCUUGA